AUGGAGCGUUCCCUCCUUGCACUGGAAGGCAGGUGGCAGUUAGCAGCCGACCUUGUCCGCCAGUUUAAAGUCCCUCAAGAGAUCACCAUGACAUCUCUACGCCCAGACAUCAUGCUCUGGUCUGUUCCCACCAGAACAGUCAUCAUGGUAGAGCUCACUGUCCCAUGGGAAGAAGAGGUAGAGGCAGCACACGAGAGAAAGGAGAGGUACGCAGAAUUGUCAGCUAUGUGCUCUGUAGCUUGGUGGAGAGCCUUCACUUUCCCAGUGGAAGCUGGGUGCAGGGGCUUCUUUGGAGCAUCCACACAUCGACUCCUCAAAACUCUCGGAGUAACAGGCCACAAAAGGAAGCAGGCUAUGGCUAAGGAGGCAGAGCAAGGGAGCUUUUGGCUCUGGAGGAAGAACAAGGUGUGGGGAAAGGACAGAUCCUAA